UCUCCAGCAUGAAGAGCCGAUCUCAUCAGCCGCUGAUCCUCAAGAAAAGGAAGCCCUCUCGGCCGGGCAGCCCCGCGGAGGAGGACGAAGAAGCCAGGAGCCCAGCGGGCCGGAUCAAGCAGGAGCAGCAAGGCAUCGCCUUCGAUCGCCAAGGCAUCCCGGGAUCUCCCAGCCAGACGGCCGCAGGAGGUGACCGCUUGGCCCUGGGCAACCUUGACGGGGUCAGCAGCAGAAGCCCUGCCCCAGCGGAAGCCCAAAGCCGCCUUCUGGACUUGCUAGGCACUGAACAGUCUCCUAGGAAGGACCCAGGCUUGGGGAGUCUAUGCGGUAGCUCUCUGGGCCUGGAGACCAAGCCGUUUGAGAACAGAUCCGGAUCUGGAGAGGGGACCGUCGCUGCAAAGCAGGGGGCCCCGGAGGAAGAGAAUCUGGCUGAGAUGUUGACCUGGACCACGGAAGAAUUGGAUUUUUUGGCCGCCCAAACUUUGGGUAACCAAGAAGAGGAAAAAAACAGCAGCGAGGAGGCACCUGGCCUGAACAGCAGCCUGACCAACAUCCAGUGGUUGGGGAAGAUGACUUCAACCCCGCUCAGCUCCUGUAACAUGAAAAAAGACACGGAGAAGGAAAACCAGACCCCAAAACCCAAGACAAUUAAGACUGAGGGAAGUCCCACAGCCGCCACCGUCUCUUCUCCUCUACGGAAGGAAUCUUUUUCUGAACGGCCUCCCUACUCUUACAUGGCCAUGAUCCAGUUCGCCAUCAACAGCACGGAGAAGAAGCGCAUGAUGCUGAAAGACAUCUACACCUGGAUUGAGGAUAAUUUCCCCUAUUUCAAGCAUGUUGCCAAGCCAGGCUGGAAGAACUCUGUCCGUCACAACCUUUCCCUUCAUGACAUGUUUGUUCGGGAGACCUCUGCCAACGGGAAAAUUGCAUUCUGGACCAUUCACCCUGAAGCAAACCGCUACUUAACGCUGGACCAGGUGUUCAAGCAGCAAAAGCGUCCAACUCUGGAUCUGCAGAAGAACUUAAAAGACACCAAAGCGGAGCCCCAGACUUCCCGACCGAGGAUUAAGCCCUUGCUGCCACGGGUCAGUUCCUACUUGGUUCCGGUUCACUUCCCAGCAAGCGAGCCGUUUCAUCUUCAGUUGCCUUCAAGGCUACCUCUGCCUGCAAGCCAGACCGCUUUGGUGACCACGCAGAUCAACACAGGGGAAUGUCCUGCUCCAAAGAUCCUGCGCUCCAGCGAAGACCCGGUCCUGUCGCCUCCUCUGAGUUCCAUAAAGGUGGAACACUAUUGCGGGGAAGAGUCUUCUUCAUUAACCCUUCAUCGCCCUCUUGAGGAAGGCAGCUGUACAGACGGCAGAAAUCCUUUGGCGGGAAUUCUGAGGGACAGUUUUCACACCCGGGACAGGGUCUCCUCUUUUGUCCCAGUAUGGCCUGUAAAGGAGGAACCAGUGGGAAGUGGUGAGGAGCAGGACCUCUAUGUCCAAGCAUCCCCCAUAAAACAAAAGAGAGGUCUCCUUACAGGUCUCCGGUCAUCCCCCCAGGGCAAGCUGGUUAUAAGGAAAAAAGAAUUGGGCAGAUCCAGAAGGAAACAGCACUUAGCCCUCUCUUCCUCCGAAGAACCAGUUCUCCUUCUGCCCCUCAGCGGUGGCUCAACUUCCUUCCCAAUGGGACACUGUCCGUCCACUCAGAAGGAACCUCUAGGAACCCAUCUCUGUGGUCCAGAAGACGACCCUUCAGUGACUUGCAGAUUGCAGAUUGCUUCCACUCCAACUAAAACACCCGUAACCACCUCUACACCCCUGCCAACUACCGACCAGUGGAGGUUGACCCCUCUGGUUGACGAAAGGAGCAAGGUUGAUUUCAGUACUCCGAGAUCUUCUCCCUUGCCAUUCCUGUCCUUCCCGGAUAAUUUAGAUCUGGACUUUAACGAGAGCCCGCUGAGACAAUCCCUGGGUGAUUCUCCCCAGUGUCCACUUCUGAACGCAGAAACGGGGGAGAUGGUCCCUGGGCUCUUGAACACUUCUUCCCCAUCCAGUAAGGUGGCUUGUGAGUUUGCAGGGGACAAUUCCCUCCUGGAGGACCUCGUCUUGGACAACAUGCCCGAGAAUUGGAGCAAGCUCUCGCUAGACAUCAGUUUUCCAUACGCCGAGGAUGACAACUUGGAGACCGAUCUGAGCUGGUCCCAGCUUCUUCCCCAGCUGAAAUGACCCUAUUGGAGUUUGCCGAAAAAUAACCUCAUCGGCGGCGCGCGUUCAGAAGACCCAUCCCUGUACCAAAAUACUGGCACUUCGGCAAAUAUGGCUCUUGAGUGACUCGGAUUUCCCCCGUAUGAAUGAUCAAGGAAGCCUUAACCAUGAAGUUUGGGGAAAAAAAGUCCCUCUCUCCUGUUUUUCUUCGUUCGAUGAUGGUUUUGGCAAAUUCACAACACCUUGUUAGGGGGUCAGGUCGAAAGCUCCAGAUCCCUCAAUCGUUUUGGAGACAAUUUCCUUCUAACGGAAAGUUUCAUCUGUGGGAAAGUGUCUGGGCUACCAAAAUACCAUCUUUCCUAGCCUCGAACCCCUCUUGAUGCUUUUUGUGGGGGUGGGGGUGGGGGAUGAUUGCUUGUCUUCUCCCUUAACUUAUUCUAAUAACGGGAGCCUGAUCUAUACCAGUCUCACAUCUCUGUCUGACAAGCAGACAGCAACAGGUUCAAAGCUGCCAAACAGUCGGAAAACAAUUAAAAAAAAAUAGUGCCACUUCACAGGGUUCCUGCCACAUAUGUAGCCUAAAGCAGAGUUCGCCAACAUUUCUGCCUUUGUGGAGUGUGGGGGGAGGGAGAGAGGGAAUGGUUCACGCAAACAGCUGGCACGCGCAUGCACACAGCUGCAUUUCCACAAGCGGCAUGCACGUGUGCCUGCCCCUCACGCGAAUGAAGCACACGAGCUGUGCUCGCCCGUUGCUCAUGUAAGUGAGGAUGUGUGCGCGCGCUCGCCGGCCGUUUCCACCACCUGGUGGCAAAUCCCUCGCAGCCCACACAGGUUGGGGACCCCCUGGCCUAAUGUAUCGAGAGAAAUAUUUUAAGGAGCUGUAUUUAGCUAUCGCUGAAGUGGGAUUGGCUUAUCCAGAGAAGGCUGCCGUUUUUUAGGCCUAGCUGGAACGCCUCCUGCCUCUGCAUGGUUCGCCAGCACUUAAAAGCCACGAAGGCGCCACGAAAUUCUCAAGCGUCCUUCCUGCUGCCAGAUAUAGCAAGCUUAAAAGAAAAACCCAGAGGCCACCCACCGCUUUCCCAAAGAUUGCUGAAAAGCUGGGCGUCUCAGUUUGCAGGCAAAAAUUUUUCCCUCUGGGGUUGUAGGGCUGGAAGUAGAUUGAAUUCCUCGAUUGAAUAGUUCCGAUGGCCUUGAUAAUCUCCAGCAAUUGAAGCCGUGAAGCCAGGAAUCCCUAUAUAGGGUGAAAGGACGCUCUUAAGCCCACGAUGGCGAGCCUAUGGCAUGUGUGACAGAAGUGGCACGCAUAGUCCUCCCUGUGGGUAUGCACGCCAUCACCAGAUGCUCCUGGUUUCUGGCGUGCGCAUGGAUGCCGGCCAGCUGACCUUUGCGCGUGCUGGAGAGCUGUAAACCCAGAGACCAGCUGGCCAGUGCGAAAACAUGCUGGCCACCUAUUUUUCGGGUUUCCGGUGCUCCAGCAUAUGCAAAGAUAGCUGCCCAUGCAGCUGGCAAGCGUGCAUGUGUGUGCCGGAAACUAGAAGACCAGGUGGAGGGCACAUGUAUGCGCAUAGGACAGGUCGUCUUUGAGUUUCCGGGACUCUGGCGUGUGCAUGUGUUCCAGUUUGGGAACUUGGUGUUGCAAAGUUUCACCGUCUCUGCCCUAAGCUGGUAGGUUGAUCCCUGUAAGAUUCUGGAUAAAAGCUUUCAACGGAGGUAGUACUCCAUUGAGGUUCCACCACAAAUGCGCGAACGACAAAAGCGCACC